AUGACGAGGCGCCACGUCGCAGCACAGCCAAGAAAUAGCGGCGGCGGGUACGGACAAUCUCAAUCGCCAAUAACGGCUCCGAGGUGGUCGGGUAUGACUCGGCCGUACCGUGAAACGGCGGCGAGAAAAAAGAGCCGCGCGGUUUGGCGGCGGGCGGUUCCGUCGUGGGAGAAGGAGUUUUGUUUGAAAGCGACGGCGGGGAUGUUCGCCACGUGGGAUAAAUUCGCGCAGGCCAAGAAGUACGUCCACCUGUACGACAAAAUCAUGCGGUGGGACGACAAGGAGGCGCAGGAAUCGUUCGACCGUUCUAAAACCUUAUUUUACGCUAAAAAGUUCAACAUCCUUAAUCUCCUCGAAAUUUCAACGCCGCCCGAUCCCGAUCUCUACAUCGCCGAAAUCGACUGGGAUGAUUCUAGAAUCGACGAUUGUGAGCUCUCGGACGCAUUAGGGCUUUUAGCCAUAGAUGACAGAGAAGAAGAAAUGGAGGAGAGAAAGAAGAUAAUAACAAUAGAGGAUAUCGAACCUACUGGGUGGGAUGUUGAACCAGGGGAAUCUUAUGAUCCUAAUAACCUUACGGGGCUUAUCGUUGGUGGUGAUAGCCGAUAUUGGUGCUAA